AUGGCCUACGUGAGUAAGACGUUUAAGCGUGUUAACCCUCGCGAGGCUGCCGGCACAGGCCAGCGGGGAUCUGAGCCCCGUUCUCAGAACAUAUGUAUCCAGAUGUUGCUGGUGAUGUGCAAUCCAUUGCAGGUGUUUGGCGUGGAUGGGGUUAACUUCAGCGUGCACGUGGAGAACCAGACCCGGGUGAGAGACGCUAUGAGCCGGCGGCACCACCGGGUCUACCAGCUCUACAGCCGCACUAGCGGCAAACACGUCCAGGUGCUGGGUAGACGCAUCAGUGCCCGCGGAGAGGACGGAGACAAAUAUGCCCAGCUUGUAGUGGAGGCUGACACCUUUGGUAGCCAGGUGAGAAUCCGCGGCAAAGAGACCAACUUCUACCUGUGCAUGAACCGCCGCGGCAAGCUGGUGGGAAAGAAGGCCAGUAAUAAAAGUGAAGACUGCGUGUUUGUAGAAAAGGUUCUGGAGAACCACUACACCGCACUAAUGUCGGCGCGAUACGCCGGCUGGUACGUGGGCUUCACCAAGCGGGGGCGCCCUCGCCGCGGCCCCCACACGCUGCCCAACCAGCAGGACGUCCACUUUAUGAAGCGCUUCCCACCCGGGGAGUACCCCGAAACCACGCCCUUCCGCUUCACAACGGUCAACAAGAGGAGUAAGAGGGUCCGUGCCCCUGGGACCCGCUAG